AUGAAUUCAACACUUGAUUUCACAUAUAUUCCUACUUUAAUGUUUUCUUCAUCCGGCGUAUCAUUGAUACUAUCUCUGGUUUUAUCCUAUCUAACUCUUCCGUUCUAUGUCUACGUCCAUAUUUUGAGAAGAGAAAGGGAAAAAAAUUUACCCGUUGUUCAACUAUUUUACAAAAUCGUCAAACUAUCAUAUUUCGUGUUGAUCAUUGUCAUAUCGAUGAUGGCUUCCAUUGCGUGGAUCCGAGAAAUUUUGGAACCUGAAUUAAGUUUAACAGAAAUAUUAAUGGAUAUUUUAAUGAUUAGUUUAUUUAUUAUUAUUUACCCGCUUCACAUUUUACAACAAACAUUCCACCUGUUACUGUUUUUAUUGGCAACUUUUAAUUAUCUGAAAUAUUUCUUCCCAUACGAUUUCUGAUACUCACACAAUUAUAUACAAAUAUAUGUCAAAGUUUUAAAUGUGUUAUUCAUUUGCAAAGACUUCCUAACGAUUACAAUAAACUUUCGUCAUGGCACAAAAUUUUUUAACGAUAAGAUUUGGCGAAUUACUUCAAGUUGCUAUAUGAGUUUAUUUAUUUUUGUGAACAUUGCAGUUUGUUUGAUAAUUCCAUUGAUUUACAUUCCAAUCAUGAUCGAUAUGAGAAAAAAUAGUCAUCUAUAUUCUCAGCAACACAUGUAUCUACUCAAGUACUUGUUCAAUCAGAGCUUUCUUGUGGCACUAAUAAAAUUGAUCACAUUACCAUUUUGCUUAUCACUCUUCCAUUUAAAUAGCCCAUUGUCGUUUGUGUUUUCAAUGACCAUAGGAGAUGCUGUCACAACGCCUCUGAUUAUCCAACUUUCAUACUUAAAAUGCAAUUCGAACGAAUUGUUCUCCCUGUAUUCUACAUUCAAUUUUUGGAAGUUUUUGAAAGUUUUAUCCGGUAAAGUGGACAAUUCUGUGAAUCCGAACUUGCCACCAAAUGUAUUUUCAGUAACUUAA